AAAUUUUUAGCAAAGUAAAGUUUCUUCAUAAAAUAAUCAAUUAAAAAUGUUCAGAAAUACAGCUAUCCGUGCUCACUCAAUUUUAAGGACAGCGCUUGUUGCUCCUAAGCCAAAUGUAUCUACGAUGAGAUUGAUGUCAAGCCACAGUACCGAAACUGAUGAGCAGUUUGAUAGCCGUUACGAAAACUUCUUCAACAGAAAAGAUAUCGAUGGAUGGGAAAUCAGAAGAGGUAUCAAUGAUUUAUGGGGUCAUGACUUGGUUCCAGAGCCAAAAAUUCUUAUUGCUGCAUUAAAGGCCUGUCGCAGAGUAAAUGAUUUUGCUUUGGCAGUAAGGAUACUAGAAGCCACUAAGGACAAAUGUGGAAGUAAAGUUAAUGAAAUUUACCCAUACAUUAUUCAAGAACUGAGACCUACUUUGACAGAAUUAGGCCUCAAUACCCCAGAGGAGCUUGGUUAUGACAAGCCCGAGCUGCACCUACAGUCUGUAUUCCACAUGUAAUUAAUUAAAUGUAUAGUUAAGUUAUUUCAAGCAUCUUAUUGUAGCUUCUCUAAAUAAUUUGAAAUAAAAUAUUCACAAGUAUUUAGGUUCUGAUGAACUCUAAUAUAAUUUUUUAUGUCACU